GCUAAAUCAAGAAAGAAAAAUGAAACAAAUAUUUGUCUCACCCCUUCUUUUCUUGUUCUUCUUCUUGCUCCAGUGCACUUGUAUUUUCACUCAAGCUCCUGCUAUGUCACCAGUGCCGCCAGUACAAUCUUCUGCUCCGGCUUCACUGCCUCCAGCUCAAUCUACUCCUCCGGCACCAAUAUUUCCCCCUGCUGUAGUCUCUGCUCCGGCUCCAGGACCGCCUGGUCCACAAAAUGUGGUAAAAAUCCUCGGAAAAGCUGGUCCAUAUUCGACGUUCAUCAAGUUAUUACAAAUCACUCAAGAAAUUGUCGAAAUCACCUCGUUGCUAAACAACUCCAACAGCAUAACCAUGUUUGUUCCAUCGGAUGGCGCUUUUUUGAGCCUCAAAAUAGGUACCCUCAACUCUUUCAGUGAUCAGCAGAAAGCUGAAUUGGUUAAAUUCCAUAUUCUCCCUUCAUAUUUCUCCCUACCACAGUUCCAAACUGCUAGCAACCCUUUACAUACACAAGCUGGUGGAACCACUAAUCGCGAAUUCCCAAUCAAUGUAACCACAAAUGGAACAGCAGUGAACAUAACAACUGGAAUUGUGAAUGCGAGUGUGUCAAGUACAAUUUAUACUGAUAAUCAGUUAGCUAUUUAUCAAGUUGACAAAGUGCUUCUUCCUUUGCAAUUCUUUGUACCACCAGCACCAGCACCUGCUCCAGCACCAUCAAAGCCGAAAAAGAAGGAUCCUUCUUCGGAUUCUGCAUCUGUUAAUGUUGUUUCGUCUGGUGCCACUUCUCUUCUUCCCCACAUGAUGUUUCGGGUCAUGGUCUAUCCUGGCUGCUUUUUCUUCUUCUUCUUCUUCUUCUUCUUCUCUAUUUGGUUUGUGUGUAUAAGCUAAUAAGUCGCGCGCAAUGCCUGUAUGCUUGUGAUGAUAUGUUAUGUACA